AUGAAGAAAAAGAGGCCCAGGUCUGGGAAGGGACAGCCCCUGGGGCUGCUGAUGGCUGGAGGCAGCUCCCAGCUCUGUGGACACUUGCUGCCUUUGGCGCCCAUCAGGUUCAGCCCCUCCCGGGCCGGCAAGGCAGCGAUGGAACCGGAGUCCCUCUACAACUUGCUGCAACUCCCUGGGAAGGCGGACCCACCGGCCGAGGAAGAACUCUUACAAGGAGAGAAGAGGAAGUACCUUCCCCCCACUUCCCGGAAUAACCCCAAAUUUGAAGAAUUGCAAAAGGUGCUGAUGGACUGGAUCAACGCUGAGCUCCUCCCGGAGCACAUCGUGGUCCGCAGCCUGGAGGAGGACAUUUUCGACGGGCUCAUCCUGCACCACCUUUUCCAGAAGCUGAGCGGACUCAAGCUGGACGUGGAGGAGAUCGCCUUGACCACGGCCAGCCAGAGGCGCAAGCUCACAGCCGUCCUGGAGUCUGUGGACCAGAGCCUGCGGGUGGAAGAGCCACAGGCCAAGUGGAGCGUGGAGAGUAUCUUCCGCAAGGACCUGCUGGCCACCCUGCAUCUCCUCGUGGCCCUGGCCAAGCACUUCCAGCCCGACCUGCCCCUCCCGACCAACGUGCAGGUGGAGGUGAUCACCAUGGAGCGCACCAAGAGUGGCCUGAAGUCGGAGAAAUCGGUGGAGCAGCUCACUGAGGGCGGCCCAGACAAGGACCAGCCGUCAAAGGACGUCUUUGAUGAGUUAUUUAAGCUGGCUCCAGAGAAGGUGAACGCUGUCAAAGAGGCCAUCGUGAAGUUUGUCAACCAGGAGCUGGACCGCCUGGGCCUGUCGGUGCAGAAUCUAGACACUCAGUUUGCAGAUGGCGUCAUCUUACUCUUGCUGAUUGGACAGCUGGAAGGCUUCUUCCUGCACUUGAAGGAAUUCUAUCUCACUCCCAGCUCUCCUGCGGAAAUGCUGCACAAUGUCACCCUGGCCCUGGAGCUGCUGAAGGAAGGAGGCCUCCUCAGCUACCCUGUCAACCCUGAAGACAUCGUGAACAAGGACGCCAAGAGCACGCUGCGAGUCCUCUACAGCCUGUUUCGCAAGCACAAGCUGAAAGAGAGCACGGACGUGGUGCCCCAGAGGUCCCCAAAUUAAUCCUCACAGCCCCCAGAGCUCCUCCUCACGGCCUGCCUGCCAGGCGCCGCUGGAGGGCCAGGGCCGCGGAGGGUCUCCUCGCGGUGCAGCCAGCCCUGGGCCUCCCACUCUUGCUCUGCGUGUCUGUGGCAUGCCCGCCCC